GUGUAAUACUUGCCCCCAUUUCUCUUUUCCUUUUUCCUUUUUCCCUUUAUAAAGGAUGUCUGGAGGUGUGUGGGCUCCUUUUAAAGAGUUAUCAACUGUAGUUCAUUCUGCGAUUGCACUGAAGCAGCCUCAAUCAUACUACCAGUUGGAAGGAAUCCUCAAAAAGCACAAACCAGAUUUUAUAUCUUUACUCAGGAACCCUGCACAGAAUCCUAGUCAUCGCUCUCAAGUUAAGAAUGCCAAUAAAGUCGGGUUGGCCCUACCAAACAUUCCAAAGCCACUGGUUCUUCCUGAGGACUUUAUAGACGAGGCUCUCAUCCUCAGUGAUAUCCUAGACCUCAAUGAGAUAGCUUCAGUUGAGCUCCUACUAGCAGGAGAGCAUCAUCAGCCUGACUUCCCUUCUCUCUCUCGUGGUCUAGUCUCGGUUUUACUGUACUAUGAUGGACGUCGUAAUGUUGUCAUUUCUUUGCGUACUCUUAUCCAAGGCUGUGAAGGGAUAUCAUGGACGCUUGGAUUAGAACAAAAUGUUGUUUCUCUUGUGACUGGUUUUGUCCAAGAAUUGUUUCAGAAUGAUCUGAGUGGUAAGAUCACAAGGUUGCUCUUAGACAUGAACAUUGAGAAAGAGCUGGAGAAACUCAAUACUGGUAGAGCUAUUAAAGACUCGCACCACAAGCAGCAAAUCAUUGAUCUCAUUAAGGAAACACAACAAGGACUCUGUGACUGUCUGCUGUACUGGGGCUGUCAGAAUCCAUUACCAAAAGACUCUCUUUUAAAAAUACUCCUCGAACUCAAGAAAGUCCAGUCCGUUGGUGAAUCCCAUAGUCCACUGGAUCCGCCCUACCUCUGCUUAUUCCUCACUUUCCUGGUAUCCUUGAGGGUUGGGGAGUCAGACUGCAAUCUUGACAGCUCACUGGUUGAUGAGCAUUAUCCAUUUCUUGCUGAUAUGAACAGCAUCUCAUUGAUACAUCAAGAGGUGACUGCUAAGACUCCCUGGGCUAAUGGAGGGCUGGCAGCAGCUGUCAAGUUUGCUUGGGCUGUCUUCCUCAGAGAAUGUUCAUCACUGGAUGCUUUUAAAGAUUGUACUGAGUUGGAUCAUGACGAGGAACUCAUUGAUGAAGCUAUAGAUUCUGAAGCUUUUCAGUUCCUAAGACACUCAGUGUUAGCUGCAACUAAUUUCUUUCAAGAGGAGUAUCACAUAAAGGCCAUUCAUCAUGUACUAACAUCUUACAUAUACCUGAUGCCUGUUAAGAUUACUGAGCUACGUAAUCUUGGAGAUGAAGUGGCCAGGGAGGAGACCCUCCGUAUGCUGCGAGGUGGUACAGCUCAGGCACUCCCUAAACUCAAUCAGAGUUUUGGUGAAUUCAUGUUGUUGAUUGGAGAGCUUUAUGCUAACGAUCCUCUUGAGCUUAAUCUCUCACUUGAGUUCUGGCCUAGCAGUGACCCUGUUACUCAGUCACAGCAUCAUAGAACUUUGAGUUUGUACAAGUUUAUUCAUCAGUGUUCUGACCUCCUUCCUCCCUCUCUCUUUCACUCGUUCAUGACAAUGCUCUGUGGACUCUCUUCUUCACCUCUCACUGCCUGUCACUGCUUUGAAUUUUUAAAAUCUAAUAGUCCUAGUCAAGGUGGUGGGGGUCCAUCAGCUGUGAUUUCUUUUGAUCAUUUCUUUCAGUCAUUAAAACAGUAUUUCCUUGGUCUUCAGCAAGCAGCUGAACCAUCAUCCCGAACAUCAACUGGAUGUGCCAUAUCUCCACAGGAACUCGACGGUCUCAUCAUAGUCCUUAAACUUGUGGCACUAAUAGUGGACCUGGAUGAGAAUGCUCGUAUACUGAUUUAUGAUAGUCAGACCUGGCUACCUGUUGCCACACUCUUUGGUCUGUUAAGUUGUCCUGUGUCAAGGCAACUGAAGGCACAGAUAUUCCUCACUCUGAGUUGCUUUGCAAAGACGCCGGACAUUGCAGCAAGUAUGUGGAAUACUGUUGAGAUUACUCAAAUACUGAAUACAACUGCAGGCACUGCUGGUAGGUAUGGUAUAGGACCAGCCCAACAGGAGGGAAGCAUACAGAUCGAAUUAGAAGAGAUAGAGUCAGCAGCUGAAGAGUAUUAUGAAACCCGUUCAUUCCUGAGUCUCCUGGACAGACUGACCGAUAUCCCCCUACCACCCUACCUGGGCUCUGAUCAUAGAGUCCCAGGGUUCCAACCUUACCUUCAGUUUGUACAGGACUCUGUCUUCCUUAAGUUUGACAGUAGAGGAUAUAAGGACCCCCAGGAAAAGUGGACAGUAGCUAGUUCUGCUCUCAAGAUAUUACUCAAGCUAGUUGAUCAGCACGAACUCUCUCAUGAAGAUUUGAUAGAGCAGCAUUACGAGAUCCCAGGACCAGCUCCUGUAAUGGGAGGAGUGGGAAGGAGUCAGUUUGUUACUCUACCUAAGCUGCCAGGUUUUAAUAUACUACUCCAUUUACUGAAUGACACUCCUUUACUGAGGAAAUUGUUGUAUAUAAUAUCUGAGUCCUAUCACUUACUGUCUGAUGUGGAUAGCUGCACUAAAGAGGUUGAAGAGGCCUCCCUCUUGUCCCUCAAGAUGAUUGAGGUUGCUCUCAAUAAACAGAACAACUUCCUGGCCCUACUGAGGAGCAGCACUGAUCACUCUAUGAUGGCCACACCUCUUGAUAGUCUACUGUUUGGGAUUAACCCUCGGAGCGGUCAGGCUGAUCAUUAUCUCAAUAUAACUAGAUACAUUACAUUAAGUAAAGUUAGUCCAGAGUUGUCUCUAGUAUCUGUUAGGAUCAUUGGAUUAGCUUCAAGAUCAUCAGUUGUGGGACGUGAUGUCUUGAACUCAUUACUUAAUGACAAUGAAGCUUGUGUUGAUAUAGUUCAUGGUUUUGUUGAGCACUUGGAGGUUGAUGAAGACUCUCUGACUAGGACUGAGGCUGAAACUCAAAGACAGCUAAAAGAGGACAUCAUUAGACUAUUAAUAUCCUGUGUGCUGAAGAGAUCUAGAAACAUUGCUCACCUCCUUCUCGGGUUUGAACAAGCUAAGGAAAACCUUGGGGGACACUCUAAGAAACUAUCGGACGUUAUUCUUCAGGACCCAGGUGUGUUGGGUUCUGCUAGAACCUGUCUCCAUUCAGUCCUCAGUUUAGUUAAAGUUGGUUCCAGUGGUUCCUCCUCCUUCCCCUCUCCUCUCGGCUGUCACUUGACCCAUCCUAAACUAGCCGAGCUCUCCUAUCAGUUGCUCUAUUGUCUUUCAGCUAGUAAAGAGUUCGGUACGCCCACGCUUCGUUAUUUACGUAAUAACCACGACUACUUCUACACUCAACUCUCUGCCGUCCCGUUUCCAUGGUUACCGGAUGACAGUGAAGAGAGCGCAAUGUCAUGUUAUAAUCAGUUGUCAUGGAUACUCCGAUCUGUUGCCAUAGAGCUUAAAGUGACAGUAAGUAUUAAUCAAAGAUCACAUGCCCAGCGAUUAGCGAGUCUUUUGAUGAAAAGCAACACUACUGGUCUAACUCAAGAAGAACUCCUCAUGUCAUGGGGGGAGGGGCAGGGGGAAGUACCUAAUGAAUAUUCUAAUAACGGUCGUCGAAAGAUACUCUCUCUUCUUGAUCUCAUGGAUGUGUCGUUGUUGGCCACGCCCACUUUAAAGUUGCAGUAUUUUGACGAGGGACGUACUGAGGAGGUGGUGAGAUAUUGUGAGAGGGAGGAAGGGGGCGUGGCUUAUAUUGAUGUGAAGACUCUUCAUAACUCGUUGAUUAAUGAGUUGAGUGGAUUACAAGGAGCAGCUGCUCUCUCACAGAAACCAUACAUACUAAAGGAGAUACACAAUAUAUUGGAGGUUAUUGUGAGAAGGAAUAAUAUCAAUGAGAUAUCUCAUUCACGCCAGCUCUACAUUGAGUCAUGGCAGCAGGUGGUGGAGGUAUUGAUGAGUGUAGUCAAUGAGGAGGGGGAGAAAGAAUCACUGAGGAUUGAUGUGCUUUUUGAAUUAAUUCAAGAUUUACUAUUAAAGGUUGAAGGUACUGAACCUAAUUCCCUAACUGCCAUUAUAUUUUCAGUGAUAUUCACACUAAUGGCUCAUCUCCGUCACACUCUCUCAGUAUCAUCAGAGAGAGAACAAGAGCAAGGUAAUGCUGUUCAUCUAGCCAAUGCUGGCCCAUUGCAGUCUAUACUGAGGAGACUGUUGAACAACCUCCUGGUCUGUCCUUCUGGGAUGCAACGACUUCGUUCUUAUCUUUAUGCUACUCUUCUCUGCUACCUCAACAUGACUAAAGAGAGGGAGACAGAACUAGGCAGCUAUCGUGGUGGUAUGUGGAGGCUGGAGAGUGAUGUUUCAUUGGGUUCCAUUAAUUUGAGUAUUCUCUCUGGCUGUGGGGAUAACCUAAUGGAUACUGUUUGCAGAGACGCCUGCAGUGGACAUGAUGUGCCUAAGAUGCUGUCUCUUUCAAUUCUGGAAUCAAUUAUAUUUCUUGACAAGCAUAAUGUUUGGUUAAAGUUCCUCAUAUCAAGAGGCUAUCUUUUAAGUAUUGUAUCCAGUCUUCAAGAAGAGAAUGAUUCGUUACAGAAGAUGUUACACCCACAGCCUGAUGCAUUGAGACCACUCUAUGUAUAUGAGUCUAAAAUGGCUUUUCUUAUCCUUGUUGCAUCAACCUCUCUUGGAGCCCGUGAAUUAGUGUCUAAAAACUGUGUAUCGAUCCUCUCAGAGUGUAGGUUUAUUGAUCAGCGCCCCAUGCACACAGCUACUGGUAGAGGAGAUGGUUUCAUACCCUCCUUGUGGUCGAGGUAUUUGUCAUUGUUCCUGCCAGUUUUGAGAUUUCUUCUCUCACUGUUAUCAACCACUGGACCACAGCAGAAACAAGCAACUAGUCAAGUGAUUGAUUUCAUUGCUUCUCAUAAUGAGAUAUUUGUCUCAUGCCUCAAAGAAGGAAGCUCCUCUCUCUCCUUGACAGCUCUGCAGGAACUCUCCCUGGUUACUGCUGUAGUCAGCCAGUGCAGGGCAGGUCAAGACUGGAUGUUAAAGCUUGCCCAAACCCCGAACCUCCUUCACUUGCAGAACCUUGUCCUCUCUCUCCUUCCAUUUUACAUGUUCCCUUCAAAGUGGACCCAACAGGAAUCUGAUGGCUGGAGCAAUAUCAGUGGGAGUCUUGGGGCCGGAGCUUCAUUCGAGGACCAGUUUGAUCUCUCUCAGAAGAUAACCACUAAUUUAGUUCUUUAUUGCCAUAAUGCUGUCUCUCUUGGAGGCACUGAAUCACCUUCUAGAGGUUCAAGGAUAAUUUUUUCUUGUGAUCUCUCAAAGGGGAAUAAUGCAUUGCCAGGUUCAUCUGGUUUGUCCCUAGCAGUCCUCGUCUCUAGUCUUGAAGGGAUGAGUGAUGAGUAUUUCAAUGUGAGAGAGAAGCUCGGACAACUUGAGAGCAAGUUAGAAGGAUUGAAGAACAUGACAUCAGAAGAAAUGAAGCAACUUUAUUCUGAUGUGACUACUGAUGACACUGCCCAAAUCUCUCCUUUGCAAUUACACCAACAGCUCAAGUCAGUUCUAAAUAGACUCGUCUCAAACAAGCAGCAGCAACUGAAGCACUUUAUUUAUACUGUGGAACAUUUGUUGUCAGUUCUUUGGUCUCAUCUUCAGUUUUAUUUAGUUCAUUGUCAGCCAACAGAAGAAUAUCAUCAACAAUCCAUUAGUCAGUUCUCAAGCAAACCAAUCAGAAACUUACAAGGUGCUGGUGGUCAAACCAGUUUUUCUACAAGAGAUGGUAGUAAUCAGUUUAAUGUCUCAUCGGCUGGAGUUACACUGAAAGAUUUGGAAGAGUUGAAGUUAAAUGCUGUUAGCUCAUUAAGUGAUUCAUUCUUUAAGAAACUCCUUGAUGUGAAUGAGGACUAUAUGUCACUAAAUGAAGAGCUUUCAAUGAUUAGUUUCAUUGAAGCGCUUGUGAGACGAAUAAGGAAACUACUCAAACUGAGGGCAGCAGCCAGACCAGUCCUUAAACUAUAG